AUGAUGUUCAACCGAGCGGCAAUGGCACGCAUGGAUCCCCCUGGCUUCGAAGCAUUCUGUGAGCGUUUGAAAGUGAUACAAACCAAAGAGAAUAGGAUAGUAUCGUUACAAAUACAUGAGCGGUUGCUUCAAUACCUUCGAGAGAUGAUGCAAUCACUAGCUGGAUCCGAAGCUGGUAAUGCUUUUCAUAUGUACUACUCCAUUAUUGCUAAAUACAAGGAGUUUGGCAUAGUGCAAUUCAUGGUGAGACAUGCAUGUGAUGAUGGGGAUGUUUGUGCAGCGCAGACCAUAAAUUGCUUUUCUGGACUUCGCAGCCACUAUCAUCCUUCGACCGUCAUAAUUUACAUGUCAAUUCUACUGGUAAACGACUGCUCGAGCGUCAUACUCAUCUCGAAAUUCUCUAGGUUUGUUGCAUUACAGGAGUUAAGAAUUUUCUCAUUGUUUUUGAGUCAAUAUUCACCUGAACAGGAGCAAGCAGAAGAAGGUUUUGUACAUAAUCAUCCUAUCUCAAAAGGCUUAUUCUGGGAACUCACUAUGACUGAAGCUCUUCGGAUCCAAAGUUCCCCGGGAAUAGGAAGAGCAUUACAAAAUAACGUCAAAGUUUUCGAGCCAACCACGCUCAGCUUCUCAAACCUCAAAAAAAAAUGA